CAUGCACAUGCAUCUUCACUUGCCACAGUGACAGUCAAGACGCCCGUUUACCAAGAGUUGUGCCUCUUGCAGUCCUGCUACUAGCGCCAAUCGGCUGCCUGCGGUCGCCUUUGUCCAUCCAUCAUGCCAAUCGUGCCGUACUUGCAUCAUGGCGGAGGGCAGUAUCCGCUUCAGCUGUCCCUGCCGUCAUCGCUUCCCACGUCGCCAGUUGAUAUACCAGAGUACCCUCCGGCCGUGGUCCACUCGACCGACUCCUCGAUCCAGGGGCCAGACGCUGUGCGGGACGCCCAUGACGACCAGCUUAUCCCUACCAUCGAUAUCCCUAUAGGACACACUACGCCACAAGACGCGUGUGGACACGCCUCUACAUCUUGCGCUGGCCUUGACGGCUCGUUGGUCGAGGAGGACACACAAAUGAAGGGCAGGAAGCCUGCGAUCGCGGCUGGGGGCGCCUUGUUUGGACUAUUCUCCUUCUCGCAGCUGUACCAGAAUGUGCUUUUCGAAAAGUUGACACCCAAGGCCGAGCGCGCAGACGAGAGAGAAUGGAUCGCGUCGUCAAAAUCAUGGGUAGACAGGAAAACAUGCCAGUGGUUUGGGCUGUGCGGCCUGGCGCAUCUGAACAAGGAGCAUUGGACCACACCUACUUCUACCAUUUUUAACCAAGAGACGACUGCACAGGAUAAGGUCAAGAUUGACCUGCACACCUUCUGGAAAGACGCGCGCAGCAUCCCUGAGGACUAUGUUCCAGACGUCGAACGCGAAAUCCCGCAAUAUGUUAUUGACCAUGCGCCUCUGAUCCACCUAUACUCGGGCGAAGAAUACUGGCCAGGGGACAUGGGCGAGCAUCUGAUCCACACGACACCUCACCUCAACUACACGCCUCUGCAAGCAACGAGCGACCACCCCAACAUCAGCAACCUGGGAGAGCUCAACAAGUGGGGCAGGUUUGUAUAUCUGCAGAGCGACGACAAUGUAGAGGACCGUCCAGACUGGCUGAGCGCAGACUACAAUAUUCCCAGCGUGCCGGGGGAUGGGAAUGGGGACGACGAUGACGAUGACGAUGCAGAGCAUGACCAUGGAGCCAAUGGGCGUCUCAAAGAAGACAAGCAGGGCAAAAAGUCGAGCUGGUGGCACGUGGGCGUGGGUGAUACCAAGGACCGAGGCGGAAUUAGACCUAACCCCUCAGCUCCUGGAGCGCCCAUUCCCACAAGUCUGCCCGAGGGGGAUGAGCUUGUCGAGGAUGAUGAUGAUGAUGAUGAGGAUUGGCGGCCCGAACUACGGUUUGCACGGCGCGGGUUCAAAGGCAAGAGAGUUGUUGGCGGACGCAGCGACGCGCCUGUACCGCUGGUCGUGGUGGACAAGGGCGACGGAGUGGUGGACGCCUUCUGGUUCUUCUUCUACAGCUACAACCUGGGCAAUGCCGUGUUCAAUGUGCGGUUUGGCAAUCACGUGGGCGACUGGGAGCACACUGUGAUCAGGUUUCAGCAUGGCGAGCCCAAAGCCGUCUUCUUUAGUGAGCAUAGCUUUGGCGAGGCGUACACAUGGGGGGCGGUAGAGAAGAGUGGUAAGAGGCCCAUUGGCUUCUCUGCGACGGGAACGCACGCCAUGUAUGCGACCGAGGGCAAGCAUCCGUACGUUCUGCCAGGAGGCAUUCUGCAUGACGUGACGGACCGGGGGCCUCUCUGGGAUCCCGUCAUGAACAUGUACUCGUACAAGUACGACUACAAGGCCGACCGACUUGUGGCAUCAAACCUCAACCCCGUGGCGCCGACGUCGUGGUUCUACUUUGCUGGGCACUGGGGCGAUAAGUUCUACCCACUCAGCGACCCGCGGCAAUACCGCUUUUUGGGGCAGUACCAUUACGUCAACGGGCCGCUAGGACCGCGGUUCAAGAACUUGGGACGGCAGGAGAUUUGUCAAGGCAACGGCGAAUGCAUGCUCAAGGGACGUACGGACCAGAGGUCGAGCCUGGCCAAGAGGUGGGUGGAUGUUGGCGAGGGCGAGGAGAUGAGCGAAGAAGAUGCUCGGCGUGUUUUUGGGGCCGAGUAUGAUUCAGCGUCUUGAACACGGCAGUGAGAGGGAAGAGACGAAAGACUGAUUGAUUGGACUGGCAUGUUUGUCUACACUCGUUUGGAUGGCUGCAGGGCGUUGUUGUGUUGCUUGUGUACUAUACCACGCUGGCUUUGUUUGAAGAUACCUAUGUAAGACUGUACGCGUAUUGCUAAAGGUUUGAAGCAGAAUGGGCUUACCAUGACAUGAUGACAUGAUGGGCAGUGUUUAGUCAGGGGUUUAAGUUUGCCUCUUUGGCUGAGUCAGUGGCUGGAGAGAAAUUUUGCAGCCAAAAAAAAAGAAAAAGAAAAGAGGCUCGCUCAUGAGCGAGGGUAUGUCAUGCCGUCGACAGGCAGUGCUUGGGCUGGC